CUCUCUUUGACAGUAUGCCAUCCACACAGAAGUGGCCAGAGCAGGGAUGGGCAGUCUUACAACUCCUGCUAGUUGCAUCUUUCUCUCAGACUAAGGAGCUGGUGUGCAGGCAAAGAGGGGUUCCUGAGAGCCCCCAGUUUUAUAAGGAUGGGGACAUCAUGUUGGGGGGCAUAUUUUCUUUCCACAGCAGCUGGAAAGACAGACAGGAUACCUACCAUCAAAUGCCACUGCCACUGCAAUGCACCAGGUGCCUUUGUCAGUUUGCAGUGAGAAGUGUCCUCCAGGAACUCGCAAGGUCCUCCAGAAAGGAAAGCCAGUCUGCUGCUAUGACUGUUUAAGAUGUGCAGAGGGAGAAAUAAGCAACAUUACAGAUUCUAUCACCUGUUUCCGAUGCAACCCUGAAUAUUGGUCAAAUGAGAGAAGAGAUGCCUGUGUGAAGAAGAAUGCAGAGUUUCUAUCAUACAAGGAGAUUAUGGGAGCACUGCUCACUGCAGCAUCGCUAUUUGGAACAUGCAUCACUAAUGUUGUGGCACUCAUUUUCUUCUUAUAUAGAAAAACUCCUAUUGUCAGGGCCAACAACUCUGAGCUGAGCUUCCUGCUGCUCUUCUCCUUGACUCUGUGUUUCCUGUGUUCUCUGACCUUCAUAGGCCGGCCCACUGAGUGGUCCUGCAUGCUGCGACACAUAGCAUUCGGCAUCACCUUUGUCCUCUGUAUCUCUUGUGUUCUGGGGAAAACUAUAAUGGUGUUAAUGGCCUUCAGGGCCACACUUCCCAGUAGCAAUGUGAUGAAAUGGUUUGGACCUGCACAGCAGAGACUCAGUGUUCUGUGUUUCACUCUCAUACAGGUUAUCAUAUGUAUCCUAUGGUUAACAAUUUCUCCUCCUUUUCCAUUUAAGAAUUUUAAGCAAUUCAAGGACAAAAUCAUCUUAGAGUGUGCUUUGGGUUCAGCUGUAGGCUUCUGGGCUGUACUUGGAUACAUUGGACUUCUGGCCAUGUUUUGUUUUAUUCUUGCUUUUCUGGGCCGGAAACUACCCGAUAAUUUUAAUGAAGCUAAAUUCAUCACCUUUAGCAUGCUGAUAUUUUGUGCAGUGUGGAUCACUUUUAUCCCAGCUUAUAUCAGCUCUCCUGGGAAGUCCAGUGUUGCUGUAGAAAUAUUUGCUAUUCUGGCCUCUAGUUUUGGACUGCUGUUUUGUAUUUUUAUUCCAAAAUGUUAUAUUAUCCUCUUGAAACCUGAGAAGAAUACAAAAAAGAAUAUGAUGGGAAAGGGAGGAGAAAAAUAAUUCUGAAAACUGAAAACUAUUUAAUGCGUAUUUGAGACUGGAACACAUGUAUAUCAUUGUAUCUAUCUUUCACCAGUCUAACCUAUCCCUGUUGCUCUGUUUUGGUUUUACCUACUGCAACUGUACUGUUUUUCUUAAUUUGAACAGUCCAUCCAUCCAUUUUAUUACACUUAUCCAGGACUGGGUUGUGGUGGCAGCAGGCAAAGCAAGGUUGUCCCUUCUCUCAAAAAACCUUUCAACAUCACUUAAAGCACGACUGCAGCUUUUUCACUGCUUCUCCCUUCAGGCAACUGCUCUGCUAUGGUUUGAUUAGUUUCUUUUGUCAAACCCUCACAUAUACUUCAAGUUUCAUUAACGUCCACACCUCAUAUUCUAAGCAUUUUUAAUUUAGUUUAAUUUGGUUCAACUGUUGACAUUUGGUUUGUUUUGUGCAAUAAAAUGUAUCUUUUUAAAUUUG